AUGCGCACCGGGCGGGCGCCGACAAAGGCGCUGCGUUCAAAUAAAAAACGUUCUAAUUUCAAACCGGUCGCCCCUCUGCCGCACGCGCUCCUGCGCAUCCCUUCACCCAUUAUUAUGCUGAAGAGGUCAUUCACAAUUCGCACAAUAGCACCCAUACAUCGAACUGCUAAUAGGCAAAACCUUCGAGCCUUUAUUGGAGUUUUUAAUCAUAAAUUAUUUUUUGAGGGACGCAAUAAACCACGGCCUAAUGCUUACGCCGAAGAAAAAACG